AUGCUUGUGCUUUUCUUCUUUGUUUUUCCCCUACUAUCAGCCAUUCCAAGAAACUACACUGAUCUGACAACCGAAGAGUUGAUCAACGUUUUGUUGGUUGACACAAUUCUUCAUCAAGACGACUUCGAAAUUCCGGAUGAUAUCAAUGUUUUUAUUUGCACCACAGCUCAAAGCGCCGAAAAAUGGGAGCAAAUGGAAAAACGAAACGAGUCAAUGAUUCUCGACGAAAGUAUUACCAGAGUUGGCGAUUUGUGCAGAAAUGCAACCGAAAUUAGUGGUUCCAUGGUGUUCGAAGGAUUUGACAUUAGUUUUACUAUUUAUUGCGGCUGUGAUAAACUCAACAAAUAUUGGAACACUGUCCAUGUCUUUGUUUUGUGAGUUUAAAUUUUGAAAUUUUUUCUUUGAAUUUUCAACUUUCAGAAUCGUUAUCACCUUGUUCCUUGUUUUCUUCAUCUGUUUCUGCACAAUUUUGAUCAUCCCACAACCAAAACAAAUCGCAGCUUUGGAAAAGCAGAUCACGAGCUUGACCAUAAAUGUCUAA